AGAUGCUGUCGUCAACAGGUCCCUGGCACUCAACGAGCCUGUUAUUUAUGUUGGCUUCAACUAUCGCUUGAACGGCUUUGGUUUUUUGGGUGGGCAAGAAGUUAUGGAUGCAAGAGUAGGAAAUCUCGGUCUUCAAGACCAACGUCAGGCCUUGAGAUGGGUGCAGAAGUACAUCGGCUCAUUCGGUGGUGACCCCCAGUAAAGUCACAAUCUGGGGCGAAAGCGCAGGUUCUACUUCUAUUGCAUACCACAUGAUCACAAAUGGAGGUGAUAACGAAGUAGCUUGAAGGGUGGCCAUCCAUACUACGACGCUUUAGUCAGGGAUACGGGUUGCUCGAAUUCGUCUGACACUCUGCAAUGCCUCCGAGAAGCACCUUACGAUAUUCUCAAGAGCGCGAUUGAUAAGGUUCCUACCUUUUAUGAUUAUCAGGUAUGGUGUUGCUUGUGGACACCACUGGAUUGUGGAGCUGAUAUGGUGAUCUGCACAACCCUCAAACUCUGGUCAAAGAAGGUUCCGUGGCGAGUGUACCUUUUGUUAAUGGAAACUGUGACGAUGAAGCCACUCCUUUCUCCUAUUCCACGCUCAACAUCACGACUGAGCAGGAGCUUCGAGACUAUGUUACGACUUACUGGUCACGUCAUGCGUCUAACUCGACAUUGGACAAAUUUAUGGAACUGUACCCUGUCACCUCCGCAGACGGCUCUCCUUUUGAUACUGGAUAUAACAACGCCGUGACACCCCAGUUCAAGCGUAUAGCCGCCUUCCUUGGUGAUAUCAAUUUUCAAGGACCUCGCCGAUUCCUCUUGCAAGCACGCUCAGGUCACCAGAAGAUCUGGUCUUUCCGUGAGUCGGGUUAGGUGCUGUAAGUGAUGUUCCAGCACUACGCAAGACACGUACAGAAAGGAGGGUAUCGAGUUUGUGACGCAGAUGAUGUUGGAUGAUCCCUUGCCAUGAUUGGUGACAGUAUGGACUGGUGUUUCCCUUCUUUGAUUCUGAUCUUUUGGUUGCACAUUCGUUUGAUAACUCUAUGUAUUACUUUGUAUCAUCGUUAUUACAAUGUCUCUUUGAGAUAAGCUUUGACAAGUGUGAGAUCUUUUGAAGCGCCCGCUUCGUCGGCGUGUCGGUAAACGUAGGUAGUAAUGCACGGACCGACCGGUCCGUAGUGGCGGACACCUUUGAACAUGAUAUUGUAAUAGCGGAAUAUACUAUACGAUGGCUAAUGAUUUCAGGAUCCAGGAUAUUCCAUCCACAGCCCUGUUUCCUCAACGACCAACAUUUUCUGUGUUUUUCUUCUGAUUUUUAGUCGACAUUUGCUGUGGUUCGAACGUGCGUCUAGCGAGUGGAAGUUUCACGCUCGGCCGUUUGUCUGUUCCCGGACCGUUCAUGACGUCCAUCCGAAGUUACCUGCAUUCCGUUCCAAGGGGAUUGUCCUCAAAAAGCUAACGGUCUCUUUAUUUCUCCCUCCAUCCCAAGGGCCCCACCACACUAACUGUGUCCAUCGUCGACGACGACGACGUGCACGCCAUGUCCGCCCUGCGACGCGCCCUCUUCUCACGCAAAACUCUAGCCUAUGUCUCCACCGGAACCUUGGUUGCCGCUGGCGGUGGUUAUUGGUACUUGAACUCUGGCCCAGCAUAUCCUGCGUCUAGCAAGGAGACGCGCAGGCCCCCGCCGCCAUGGACACCGCCGUCGAGAGAGUAUAUGUUGGAUGCAUUGCGCAAGUCAUCGUCCACGCCUGAAGAGGAGUUUGAUCUACUCAUUGUUGGAGGAGGCGCGACAGGUGCUGGUGUCGCGGUUGAUGCCGUGAGUAGGGGACUAAAGGUUGCUCUUGUCGAAAGGGAUGACUUUAGUGCAGGCACAUCUUCGAAAUCAACAAAGUUGGUCCACGGAGGCGUGCGUUACCUGCAGAAAGCUGUCCUAGAACUCGAUUAUGAACAAUACAAACUCGUACGGGAAGCACUGCACGAACGUCGUAUUUUUUUGCAGACCGCUCCUUAUCUUUCGUCAAUGUUGCCUAUAAUGUUGCCUAUCUAUAAGUAUUGGCAAGUGCCAUAUUAUUGGGCUGGUUGUAAGAUGUAUGAUGUGCUGGCUGGAAAGGAGAAUAUGGAGACUUCCUAUGUUAUGAGUAAAGGUAAAGCUCUAGAAACAUUCCCUAUGUUGAAGAGUGAUGGCCUUGUCGGUGCUCUUGUUUACUAUGAUGGUCAACAUAACGAUUCGCGGAUGAACGUCGCUCUCAUAAUGACAGCGGUCAAACAUGGUGCUGUUGUGGCCAACUAUUGCGAGGUUUCCGACCUACACAAAGGUGGGAAUGGGAAUCUCAGCGGUGCACGCGUAAAAGACAAACUGACAGGUAAAGAAUGGAAUGUUCGCGCUAAAGGUAUCGUCAAUGCCACAGGCCCCUUUUCGGACACACUGCUCACCCUCGAUAAUCCCUCGCACAAGCCAAUUGUUCAACCAUCUUCUGGCAUCCAUAUCACUCUUCCGAAUUACUACUCUCCUCGAACUAUGGGUCUGCUCGAUCCGGCUACCUCCGACGGACGCGUGAUCUUCUUCUUACCUUGGCAAGGCAACACAAUAGCAGGCACCACUGACUCUCCGGCACCUGUUGAAAACGAACCACGCGCUCAAGAGGAGGAGAUUCGAUGGGUACUUGAGGAGGUUCGACGGUAUCUCUCCCCCGACAUCAAAGUUCGCCGUGGAGACGUGCUGAGUGCGUGGAGUGGAUUGCGGCCUCUCGUUCGCAAUCCAAAUGCGUCGAGCACGGAGGGACUUGUAAGAAAUCAUAUGAUACACGUUUCGGAUUCAGGCUUGGUGACCAUUGCGGGAGGCAAGUGGACGACAUAUCGAGCUAUGGCUGAAGAAACCGUUGAUGUGGCCAUUAAGGCAUUUGGACUUGAGAGCAGGGUAAAGAAUGGAUGUGUCACGGAACAAUUAAGGCUGGUCGGUAGUGAUGGCUGGAGUCGAAACAUGUUCAUUGGUCUGAUUCAAAGAUUUGGUCUCGAAACAGAAGUCGCAAAACACCUUUCGGAUAACUACGGUGAUCGCGCAUGGACUGUAUGUUCGUUGGCUCACCCGACCGGCGAGACGUGGCCUCUACAUGGUGUACGAUUGAGUCGCAACUAUCCCUUCAUCGAAGCUGAGGUACGAUACGCUGUACGACACGAGUACGCCCAAACAGCCGUCGACGUUAUCGCACGCCGUACACGUCUUGCAUUCCUUAAUGCGCAGGUUGCUCUAAAUUCUCUCCCUCGAGUCAUUGAGAUCAUGGCGGAAGAGCUGCACUGGACUCGCGCGCAAGAGAGACGUGAGCUCGAGCGUGCGGUCGCAUUCCUCGGAAGUAUGGGCCUGGCUCCUGGCACUGCGGUCCCAGAACUUGGUCCCCGAAGUACUGUUGAGCGUCUGGAAAACACGGUAUGGAGCAUGGUCGGGGCUGAUGUACCACCAGCAAAGAGGCACGAUAUCAUGUACAGUCGUGCGCAGUUUGACGCGGGUGAACUGGACGGUCUAAAAGAAGCGUUUGGGAAGCGUGCAGUUUCCGUAUCUUCAAAAGACGAGCAAAGACCUGGCGCACAGGAGAAGCGAUUGAGCAAACGCGAUUUACCAGAAGUAUUGAAGGGGCUGCCGACGUAUGAAGGAAUACGGGCGAAAGACUACGACUAUGUUUUCCUUGAGGCUGGAUUUGCCCAUCAAAUCGACGUUGAUUUUGAUGAGUUUGUAGAGGUACGUUGGUUCAGACUGUUUUACAGCCGACCUGAGGUAUUGACUUUCCUGUUUUAGAUUUGUGGAAGCCUGAAGGAAAUAUCGUUUGGUCCUUCUUCGAAGAAAGUUGCCAAGGCGGAGAGGAUGCGGAUACCUGUGGAGAAGAGUGGCGGCGGCGUCUAAACCUGUUUCUAGUGAAUCAUGCUACAAAUUCGUUCUCUAUCUGUUCGAAUGUGAUCU